GAUUAUAUAGCCUAGACCUACCGCUUGUCGUGUCAUCAGGACCAAAUAGUCUAACUCCGCCCAGUCUACCAGACUUAUCUGCGUGAAAGGCUUGCAAGUUCUUUGGUGUCCAUGUGGCAACAUAAUUUACCAUUGUAAAGAAUUUAGUUACGAUUAACUGAAUAUAGAUAAAAGAAACGCCAAGAUGCCAAAGUAAUUCCAAUUUCUACACAACUCACCAGAACACAUUCUACCUAGACAAAUGUCUGAACCUCAGGAUUGAUUUAAUUAUUGUUAAUUAAUUAUGAUAUGUGCCAAAGCUAAAAGUUAGAAGAUAAUACAGUUUGCAAUGCUUUUGUUUCCUUAUUCCCUAUUCCUAAAUCCAGUUUAAAAAAAAUUUGAUCCGAAGGGCACACAUGAAUGUGGAACAUAGUAUAUGGCUUGUGAUGCACUGGGGAAUAGUAUCAGUGUCACACCGAAUGAAGCAAAGCAUCACUAGCUGGUUAGGUAUAGCCACUGAUGGCUACAAACAAACCGGUCUGGGUAAGCGGCUGGCUUUCACUUUUCGUUAUGCGCCGUGAAAAUGGGCCAGAAACGGAAGACCAGUUCUCCAGAACCAAAGUCUACUCGCUUGAAAUUACUUAAAAGGGUUGUCAGGUCGAAGUCCCCAGCCAGAAAGAGACUGCGACUCAGUCCCAAGAAGAGGCUUCCAAUCACUCCGACCAAACAGAAGUUGAGGAAGGGUGCGAAACAUCUUCAGUCAACCAGAAGGCAAUCCCCCAGAUUCAAAUGUCAAAAUCGUAUAACCAGCUCGGACCACAAUGGGGCAGAGAACCAGCAGUCCUCCAGCCCACUGUCAUCCCCUUUUCAGUCAGAGGAGGACACAGAGCCAGGCUUGGUGAUCACUCUGGAUGAAGAGCUGCGUAAGAUACGGAAACAAACGAGGAAGAAGAAUGGCAGGAGGCCAAAGACAGCCUCCACAGACAGAAAAGAGGAGGAGGAGGAGAAGAAGGAAGAAGAGAAACCGGGGAAGGACUCUGAGUGUAAAACAGACAGAGAAGGUGGUGAGGAGCAGUCAGAUGACGACUGUGGGAAGCUGGACAGAGACCUGGAGAGGAAGUCACGGCAGCUUAACCUGACUGCUGUCAAUGUCAGGGACAUUCUUCAUGAAGUUAUAACCAAUGAGCAUGUUGUGGCCAUGAUGAAAGCUGCCAUCAUGGAGACUCAAGACAUGCCAUUGUUUGAGCCCAAAAUGACCAGAUCUAAGCUAAAAGAGGUUGUUGAGAAAGGAGAGGGGAGUCCAACUUGGAUCAAAAAGUCCAAAGAAGUCAAGCCACCACAGUUUGUAGACAUCCCUCUUGAGGAAGAUGAAGACUCCUCUGAUGAAGAGUACUGUCCAGACGAGGAUGAGGAGGAUGAAACCGCAGAAGAUACCUUUCAGGAGAGCGAUGUGGACAGCACGGCCUCGUCGCCCAGAGUUAGCAGAGCAGGACGUGCUAGGACCCCCGUUGAACACUCCGAGGGUGAUGAGGAGAAGCACCACAGUCCCAGAUUGAGGCCAAAGACCUCCAAAUACCUGAGGAUGGCAGCAGUACCCAUGGGCCCCCCUCCUCCCCCACAGUCCUGCAGCUCUCCACGGGCCACUGGGCCUCCUGACUGCUCCUUCCUGGAGAAGCUCCAUGCUGUGGAUGAGGAACUGGCUCUCAGUCACAUCUGCCUGGAGCCCUUUCAGGCCUUGAGUAGUGCCGGUGGGGCUGAGUGUGCCAAUGACAGCCUGGUGUCGUGCCGGACACGCUCCAAGCGGCCGCUCAGAGGCAUCCCCCUGGGCAUGCUGGAGGCAGAGCUCCAUGCCCCCGACAUCACACCGGACAUGUAUGACUGUGGCUUGGCGUUAGAGGACCGUGACUGGAGCGAGUGGCUGCAGGGCCUCAUGAUCUCCGACAUCGAGUACGAAGAGGAGGGUGAUGAUGAAGAUGACCCUGAGUAUAACUUCCUGGACGACCUGGAUGAGCCUGACCGGGAGGACUACCGCACUGACCGCGCCGUCCGCAUAACCAAGAGGGAAGUGAAUGGGUUGAUGGAGGAGUUGUUUGAUACGUUCCAGGAUGAGUUGGGGUGCCGUGAGCAGGAUGAAGAGGGGCGUGAUGAGGAUGAGGAGAGAGAUGGAGAGCCGCCGCCACCCACAGCUCCCAACUUCAACGUUCCUCAGGCCAUAAGAUUUGAGGAGCCUCUGGCCAAGAUGCUCACCGCCUGCCGGCGCACUGUUAUGGGUCAGCAGGACUCCCCGCCUCAGUCCAAAGAAAGUCAGCCCAGGGUUUCCCACAAUGCACCUGUGCCACAGGUGCUCUUGAUUCCCCCACCGUGCACUCUGGUCCUCUCAGGCGCACAGAAACGGCGGCUACAGCAGCAGGUUCAACAGCACGUCCAGCUGCUCACACAGGUAAACAUGCUGAGCGCCCCAGUGGAGGCCCUGCACAGUGACGCUGUCACCACCAAGAUGUACCUGUCGGAGCUGCAGUCAUUUGCUGAGCGCGGAGAGCAGAUGAGGGCCGCCGUGCAGCCAGGCUUUGUGAGUGCGUUCCGGGCCUGCAACUUGCAGCCCUCCCUAGAACUGCUGGAGGAGCUGAAGAACACCCCCUCCAUCCUCACGCCUCUCGCUAAACCCCUGCGCUCACACUCAGCGGUGCUCCCCCCAAAGCUGGCCUGGCUGCUGGCGACCCGGCCAGUGUUCCUGUACCCAGAGCUGCUACCCCGUUGCAGCCUGGAUCCUGCUCUACAGACCACUCCCUGCAAGGUCACCUUCACCAAGGGAGAGGACGGUCUAAUUGUUCUGGGCCUGAAGCACCUCAAAGACACAGAAGUGCCUCACCAUCUGAUUUGCCGCUACUUGCUCCGGAACAAGAAAACGGAGAAUCUGCGCACUCAUAUUCAGGACCUGUGUGUCCCACGUGCCAUGGACAAUGUCAUCAAGGAUUACUUCAAACAUAAUGUGGUGCCUCCUUUGCAACUGGCUUGUGUUCCUGUGCUGCCUGGUGAAGAGCGCCCUCCUGUGGAGAGAAAAGAGACCCUUUUUCCUCACUGGCUUAAGAAAAGUUUACCACAUAUCCACAGGGCUGUCUUGGAGUACAACAAACUGCUGGAGCCAGCCUCCCCUGAAAAGACCCGCAUAUCCCCUCCUUAUAUCUUCCCUAAAGACAUACGUUACCCUCCAUCCAUGCCAGAAAACCUUACCCUACACAUGCAUCCCUUAGGGAAACAUCAAGCCCCAAACUCCAAAUCCAAGGUAAAACCUUUCCGUGCUUUUUCAUGCUCUUCCUUGGCACCACUGGCCAAAGCUCCUACCCAUUCCACAGGCAUACCCAGCCUGGCGAGAAUUCAAGGGCAAGCCCCGUCACAAGGAAUAAUUUUGUUGGCUAAUGCUCCCUUUCAAGGGGCCCUCCCAAUGGCUCAGGCUAUGUUGACUCCCGCCCAUGGGACAGUCCCAGUGAACACACAUGGUCCUGUGAAUUUGCAACCUUUUACUCGAUGCAUUGUUCAGGGUUCUGGACCAAGAAAUGCAGCAGUUGGCUUUCCAACUGGCAUAAUCCAGAUUCCCAACACACCAUCCCUGGGUGCUCCUGUCUUCCGCCAGGGUGUUCUUACAUAUAUGGCGCCACCGACUCAAAAGCCAACCAAAAAACGAAAUCCCCCAAAGCGGAACCUCCUUCAGAAAUUGCUCCCAAUUCAACCGGCGCCCCUCAAGCAAGCCCCUCAGCUGCCUCAGCUGCUCUCCAUCUCGGCUGAACACGGAGUGAGGGUACUGAGUGUGAAAAGCCUGGAUGCAGAAGCUGCGCCACUUACGGGAGAGGAAAGGGUCAAUGAAGGCCUGGACGCUGUACACAAUCCUUCCUCUGCCAUGCCUGUAACAACCAUUUCUUUGCAAAGUCCCAAUGGAGACAGUCUUGUCACAAGCAAUGAAGUAUUAGUUGAGACAUCCACUGCUUCCCUAUUUGUCAGUGAAUCCAUCAGUGACCAACCACAAGACUUGGCAACAGCACUGUUGCCCAUCCUUUCUACUUUGGAUCCUUCCCAGAUAGCGCUCCCCACACCCCCAGAUAGUAGUGUCCAUCUUAAGGCUGGUCAGAUGUUCUUUUCUCACAAUCCAUCUUCUCCACUUGUUGCGUCCACCGGUGGGAAAACAAGCCCAGACAUUCCCAGAGUUGAUGACCAUGAACAAACCAGGAACCACACUGGAGGGUCAAGAAGGGAGAUUUUGUGUAGCCCACCAGCCACUCCUACUCUGCAAGGUGGUUCUCCACAGAACAGUGAUCAGGCCUCAAGUUCUGAUGCCACCAAUUGUUCUGUACAUCAGUCCACGGCCCACACUAACACAGCUGUAAUGACCUCUACCAUCAACAUAGGCUAUCAUAAUUCUUUGAAUAGUGUAUCACAACAAGGAUCCCAGCUGGUUACUUCUGAAAGUGCAUCCCAGUUCUUUCUGGUUCCUCAGAACUGCUUGUUGGCAAAUGGACCAACUGUUCAAUCAAUUGGAAAUGGUGUGUCCCUUACCAAAGAAGUGCCAAACAUACCUCCCCUAACAAAGAUCAUAGAGCCCCAAACUAAUGGUGAUUUUCAGCCCGGCAACAGUGUUCAGUCACCAAAUGAAGGACCGUCUACAGACAAUGCGUUGCGGGAAGUCCGUGAAGGGAUGGUGAAACUUAUCGAGGGGAUCAAGGAAUGGGAUGAUCAACAGCUGCAGAGACAAGAAGAAGAGACAGAAGAAACUGGAGUAGACCAGUGGGGAGAGGAGGAGGAGGAGGAUGGUGGAUGUAUGGGAGAUCCUCUUCUGACACUUUCAGAGUCCACGGGAAGCCCAGUCUCGAGCUUGGACAGCCAUUCUGAUGCCAUGGAGAGGAUGACCGAGAGUGAGGAAGAGUUGGGAUUACCCAUGGCUGAGCACAGACAAGAGGUACAUAGCCAUCCACAGUUACUUGCCUUGACUGCAGGAACUGAGGACAAACCUUCAGGGGAAAGUAAUGGAAACAGUGAAGGAAGAGAAAAUGGAAAUGGAGAAGAACAGCAGAAUGGUCGAGAAGGAAGUGGUGGAGAAAAACAUGGGAAUGAGGAUGGAGAGCAGAAUGGCGGAAGAAGAAGUGAAGGGGGGGAGCAGGACGGAGCUGGAGAUAAGAACGGAGAGGGGGCUGAUGGAGAUGGAGAGAAGGAUGGAGAUGGAGAUAGGGACAGACCUGGGGAGGAGGAGGAAGAAGAGGACUUCGAUGACCUCACUCAGGAUGAGGAUGAAGAGGAAGUUAUGUCAUCAGCCUCAGAAGAAUCUGUUCUCUCUGUUCCAGAACUUCAGGAAACAAUGGAGAAACUUACAUGGCUUGCAUCUGAGAGAAGACUCUGUGGAGAGGGUGAUUCAGAGGAGGACAACUCUCCAACCUCACCCAACUCCCCAGUGUCCCAGAAUUCUCAGGAAGAGAUUUCCGAGGAAGAGGAGGAAGGUGCUGUAAAGGGGGAGGAGAUGGAACUGGGGGACGGCGGUGCAAGCAAACUCCCUGAAGGAGAUGCUCCACAGGAGGAGGAUGGCCCACCACAGGCCAGCGGGAAGGGGGCCGGACGGGGAAGAGGCCGUGGCCGUCCUCCUCCACGUAGUCUGAAGCGAAACCGUCGCCAGGAGAGAUGCAGCAAGGACACAGCCAAACUUCUGCUUCUUUAUGAUGACCAAAUCCUUGACAACGAUCCCAUGAGGGAAAGCAAAGAUUUCGCCUUUGCUCAGGCCUAUCUUAAUAGGGUGCGUGAGACUCUGCAGGAGGUGCCGGGGAAGGUGGAGGAGGUUCUGUGCCUGCUCUAUGAAUUUGAACAGAGCGCCAAGGCUGGCGAGGCCCGCAGUGCUGUGGAGCUCUUCUCCCAGCUCAAGCCUGUGCUCCGAGAAUGGCCAGACCUCCUGCAAGAUUUUGCUGCGUUCCUGCUGCCUGAGCAGGCCCUCGAGUGUGGACUGUUUAAGGAGCAGCAGGCGUUUGAGCGUAGCCGGCGUUUCCUGAGGCAGCUGGAGAUCAGCUUCGGAGAGAAUCCCUCGCACUACCAGAAGAUCGUGCGAGCGCUGCAGAGUGGGCCAGGGCUUAGCCCUGCAGGCGUAGAUGAGCUUAAACAACAGAUGGCCACUCUGCUGAAAGGCCACACCCAUCUUCAGGGAGAAUUCUGCUUAUUUUUUGAUGGGCUCCGCCCACCACCAGCCCGCCCUGGACAGUUUGAGGAAGCGAGUUGGCCAGAAGAUGAUGGGGGGGAGGGCAUUGGCCAGGGCUCAGGGGUGGUGGCCAAUCGAGGGUUUGAGGAAGUAACUCUUCCUGAUCUAGAGGAAGAGGAGGAGGUACACAAAAUUCCGCCAAUGGCAGCUCGAAGCAGAAGGAGGAAGGAACUGGGACGACAUCGGAAUUACAAGGCUUGUGAUUGGCCAGAGAAAGACUGUCCCUGUUCCUGUCAUGACACGGCCCAUGACCCUAAACUCCGCAAACACAGGAGAAAGGGCUGUUCUCACUGCCAUAGCAACAAGGCCUCUGAUGUGUCCAAGGUGAAGAGCCCAGACGCCACAGUCACAAGCCCCACUGCUGGGACCCCCUCAGACAGAGGCGGAGAAGAAACUGAGGAGGGAAAAGAUAUGGACUUAGACAUUAAAGAUGAAAUAGGAAGUGGAGCUAGCAGUCCCCACCAUGAUCAAGGUUGUCCAACAUGGGACGGCAGUGAGGGAGACCCUCAUCCUAUCACCGAGGGCAGAGAGGAGGAUGAGGAAGAGGAAGAUGAGGAGGAGGAGUGGAGGGAAGGGGAUGCGGAGCAAGGCCUCACCCCAAGGAAGCGCAUCAGGACAGAGGAAAGUUUGGCAGUGGGGGACAAAUCUCCUACACCUCCCUGUGGAGAGAGCAACACGCCCCCGCAGCCACGCCCCAGCCCAACGUCUGACACCCCAGUCUGUGCCAAAAACAUCUCCCUCACCCCCAGUGGAGAGAAGGUCAUCCUCUGGACCAGGGAAGCAGACCGGGUGAUUCUCACCACCUGUCAACAACAAGGAGCCAGUCAGAGUACUUUUCAGGCCAUCUCUGCUGAGCUUGGCAACAAGACUGCCAGCGAGAUCUCCCGGAGGUUCAGGGACCUGAUGCGUCUCUUCCACACCUCAGCACGCCAGGCCAGCUCUGAGGACGAGGCCAGCAACCCAGAGCACCACUCGGCUACAGACGAGGAGCAGGAUUGACCCGCACCCAAAAUGAGUCUGAACCCAUCCACAGCACUGCUGAACUUUUACUUGUUGAGAGACACAGUGCAAGACUGUCCUCAUAACAGCAUUGCUGAUGCAUGAGAGGGGAACUCAUGAGUGGUUUACUGAAAAAUGCUAGAAACUUGUUUUAUUUAAAGCAGAAUCGGGCAUGGAAACCCAUUGACUUCACCUUGUCAUUCGUGCCAACCUCUUAUCAAGCUCUCACCUCAAAAUAUGGAUUUGCUCUACCCUCCUCUUUGAUACAAAGCUGGUUGGUUGUUGUCAAGUAGCAGUUGGAGAUCAUGGGAAGAGAUAAGAUCAUUGCUGCCUUAUAUGAAACAUAUCUCUUGCUUCAUGCUGGUUGGUACAAUAUUCAUGGUACAAUAUUCAUGAUGUUGUGAAUGGGCUGCACAGAUGUAAAUGUUUUGAAGUUGCUUGUUUUAAUGCUAUUUGCGUUGCACCUCAGUGUUAGUGUCAUUGGUCUUAUCUGGCUUAGUCUACAUACAAUCGGAUAUAUGCAGUAACAUAUUUUUGUACCCCACCAGUGCUUAUAACCAGUGCAAUAAAUGAAGGUAGGUGCUAAUUCAGGCCAGUGAACACGAGCCUAUUGCACCCUUCAUUGAGCACAUUCAUUGAUGAGACACAUUCAUCAGUGUGAAACACCAGCCAAGUUAUCAGCCUCUUUUCUUUCCUUCUCUUGUACGUAUGUAAGUAAUGUAAAUAAGGGCUGUACAAGGCCCUGCAAUGUACAGUAUUUUUUAAUAUGGUGACAUUUUUUUUAUUAUUUCUUUGUGCUAUGUAAUGUCUUUAAAAGUUGAAAUGUCAUACGAAAAUGAGUGGACUUGUUUAAAUAAAACGCUGCUGUAUAGAUAUUUAUAUUAAACAGGGCAUUUUUAAA